AUGGCUGGUCCAUCUUCCAGAGCCAAUGGGGCACCAGUUGCGAAGGAUUUGUAUCUUGAGAUGGCAGAUCCCAGAAUCCAAACCAUGGCAAGAUUGGUCGUGCCGGAAACUUCAUGUACCCUUGGAGACAACACCGACGAAUGGAACGGCCGCGCAGUUAUUCACGUUUGGAGAAUAAUAGAAAAUAUAAAAAAUCAGGACCUUUUUUAUAAAGCCAUCACUCAAGGUCCCAUCGCCCGAAAGACAUCUUGUGUACCGGCACGGAAUGCGAAGCUUCCAGAGACCUACGGAAGGGUCGGAUUGUUCAACUUGAGAUUAUUUCGAUUCUCAUGCCUCAAGGACGAGCGUCAAAUCACAAAUAUCCGUAGUUGUAGACACAAAUAUGUUGCUCGUGGAGAAAUAGUAUGCCUGAAUCCAUAUCACUAUAAUUUCUUGAUACCAAAAAAGGAAAAAAUGCCACCUAUUAUGGUAACCAGAGGACUCGAUUAUGGAGCACCACCAAUUCGAAUGAGAUUUCCAUUCAAUGAACAAGAGCUCAUGGAAAACAUUCUUGUUGAUGAAGAAGUUGAUGUGCCAAUUAGCAAUGUUACAUUGGAAGGAGACGAACUCGGGGCAUUCUUCAAAAAUAAAGGUGACACGCUGACAAUGGAACAAAUGGAACAAGAGGAACAGGAAGAAGAUGAGUCAACUCCAGUACCAUCUCCUCAAAGAAUGUCUUCCAUGGAUAUCGAAGGAGAAGAGGAGCUGGAGUAUUACAGAUGCGGCAGUGACUCCCCUGGUGGAAGUAAUGCUCCAACGCCUCGUGCCUAUGUCAACGACGGAUAUGGAGAAGAUGAAGAUAUGGAAGGUGUAGAGGAGAAAAAGAAGAAUGAGGAAUCGACCAGCAAUGAAACGAACCAACCAAAUACUCCAAUGGAAAUACCACCAUUGUUCCGAUCAGCACCUUCCGAGAUUGCCGAGUUUGCCCACAAUGUGGAAACACAUGCUUACGUCGAAUAUGAGGAAAAUACACAAUGGCUUGGAUUGGCAUACUACGAAGAAGGUGCUAUUCAAGCAGCUGCCGUUUUCAGUGGUCAACAUGCUCUCAUUGAUGGAUAUACAUCAAGUGGAACACCAACUCGCUUUUCUAUUGGGUUUUACAACAGUUUGACUCGCCGUCAAAAUAUUUCUGUGGUUCGGAAUGAAAUGCAAAAGGGAAUUCGUUUGUAUCUUCUGGCUGGAGAGGUCUUCCUGGAGAACUUGAGUGCAGUUGGUGUAUUCGUUCAAUCCGUCAGUUCGAAUCUCAGCCGGAAGUUCAGACCAAAUACAGUCACGAAAGUUCGACCAGGGGGAACAAUGAAGAUCUUUGAUCUGGCACAGUUUUCGAAAAGCUUAGCCCUAGCAGCUCAGAAAACUUACCAAGCCCAAAAAAAUUGGAGAUGUGGAAGAGAAACAUGUGUCCAGCCUCAACAAACUUUGCACGAUUCGGGUUGCCAUGUCCGAGGGCUGGGGAGUAAAGUACCAUCGUUCUACGGUGCUGAGCUCACCAGUCUGGUUCCAACUGUAUCUGCACAAUCCCAUGGCUUGGAUCGACAAUGUUCUCAACUGUAUGGGUGCUCCUGCUAUAUAUUGCGAUUCUCGAACAUGACUCUUUUGAGCUUUUUUCCCUCCCUUCCACUCCACAAAAAACCAAACAUUUUUGGUUACUGUGGUUAUUUCAAAGGCGCGAGGUGCCAAACUCCACUAAUCGCUACAGUACUUCCAAGGCGCGCGAUUUGA